AUGGAUCAAACACUAGAAAAUUUAACUGAAGACUUUAUUGAUGAGUUUUGCUUCGACGAUACUGAAGAUAAUCGUCGUCUCGAACUCUAUCAUGAAAUUUAUGGUCAAAGCUCAAGAUCCGUGCCUCGAAAAAGUAUAUUCAGAAACCGUGAAGCAGGGCAUCAACGUCUGGAGAAUGAUUACUUUUCAGCAAAUCCGGUAUAUCCUGAAGAAACAUUCCGACGAAGAUUUCGUAUGGGAAGGCAUGUUUUUCUACGUAUUGUGAAUGCAAUGUCAAAUUUCGAUCCAUACUUUCAACAAAGGGUCGAUGCUGUGGGAAGAAAAGGUUUAUCACCCUUACAGAAAUGUACUGCCGCAAUGCGUAUGUUAGCAUAUGGAAUAUCCGCUGACGCUGUUGAUGACUACGUUCGUAUUGGAGAGAGUACUGCAGUUGAGUGCUUAAAAAAAUUUGUCUCAAAUAUCAUCAUGAUAUUUGAAAGUGAAUACUUGCGAAAGCCAAACUCCAGUGAUGUUCAACGGCUAUUACAGAUGGGUGAGGCUCGCGGCUUUCCUGGUAUGAUGGGCAGUAUAGAUUGCAUGCACUGGCAAUGGAAAAAUUGUCCUAAAGCCUGGAAGGGAAUGUUUAUGAGUGGUCACAAAGGAGUUGCAACAAUUAUACUGGAAGCGGUUGCUUCAUCUGAUCUGUGGAUAUGGCAUGCAUUUUUUGGAGUUGCUGGAUCAAAUAAUGACAUAAAUGUCUUAGAACGGUCGCCAGUAUUUGAUGAUGUGCUAGAAGGUCGUGCUCCAGAGGUAAAUUAUUUCAUCAACGGAAACACUUAUAACAUGGGAUACUACUUAACAGAUGGAAUAUAUCCUGAAUGGGCAACAUUCGUUAAAACGAUACCACGUCCUCAAAGUGAGAAAAGAAAAUUAUUUUCAAAAUAUCAAGAAAGCCAGCGAAAAGACGUCGAACGAGCUUUUGGUGUGUUACAGUCUCGUUUCGCAAUUGUGAGUGGUCCUGCACGUUUUUGGGACAAAGCAGAUCUUGGAAAAAUUAUGAGAGCAUGCAUUAUAAUGCAUAAUAUGAUUGUUGAAGACGAGAGAGACACUUAUGCCACGCAAUUUGGUCCUUUACCAAUUUAUGAUGAUGCAACAAAUGGUUUAUCUCAACCAAAUUUAGGUGAAGAACCCUUUAUCCCGUAUGAAAGGUAUAUCCAAAAUACGUUACAAAUGCGUGAUAAAACGGACACAUCGUCAGCUACAAAAUGACUUGGUUGAGCACAUCUCGCAGUUCCAUAAUAGUCGUUAGUUUCUUAUUGUACUAUUUUUAAUUGUUUGUUUCCUUGUGUAAUGUUUUUAAUUUAUUGUUUUUAAUUCAGUUGAAUGUAUUUUAUUUUAA